UUUAAUAUUAUAUAUAUAUCGAUACUGUUUGCACAGCUUUCCUUAGCUUCCCCCUUCCAGUUCCCAGUUCCACUGGAGGUGCCACGGCCAACACUUUCCAUUUUGUUCCCCGGUUUUUCUCGAGUAUCUUGGUUCAGCUUUAUCCCGAAUUCACAAGGUAACCGCUUGAUCUGCUCUGGAAAGGAACUUCUGCAAUAAAAAUGGGGGAUUCAGAGGGAGGUUGGGCGCACUCACCAUUGCUGAAAAAUUUGGGCACCGGUGACUACUUGUCAGUUUGGAAAAGCUAUGGGGCAUAUGGGAUUGUGGGUGCUAUUAUUAUUGGUAUACUCGUACCUAUGUUUCUGUCCGCGGUGUUCAUGGGAAAGAAAAGGGAAAAACAAAGAGGGUUUCCGGUACAAGUUGGUGGUGAGGCAGGUUAUGCAGUUCGAAAUACUCGAGUAACCGAAUUGGUUGAAGUUCCUUGGAAGGGAGCCACAACCAUGGCAGCUCUAUUUGAGCAAUCUUGUAAAAAGAAUUCACAGAAUCGCUUUCUUGGAUCAAGAAAGCUAAUUGGCAAAGAAUUUGUGACAGCUAGUGAUGGUAGGAAGUUUGAGAAGCUACAUUUUGGGGAUUAUGAGUGGCAAACUUAUGGAGAGAUAUUUGAUCGUGCUCGCAACUUUGCAUCCGGGCUUGUCAGAUUGGGUCAUAAUUUGGACAGCCGUGCUGCGAUUUUUUCUGAAACCCGAGCAGAAUGGUUCAUUGCCCUUCAGGGAUGCUUUCGGCAAAGUAUCACUGUUGUUACUGUUUAUGCCUCUCUAGGCGAGGAUGCCCUAAUCCACUCGCUUAACGAGACCCAAGUAUCAACUCUUAUUUGCGAUUCCAAGCAGUUGAAGAAAUUGGCUGCAGUAAGCUCAAGCCUAGAUAGUAUUGAAAAUGUUAUUGUCUUUGAAGAUGAUGAAACUGAAAAUGAAACUAUUCCUGAAAGUAUGAGCAAGUGGACAAUCACAUCUUUUUCUGAAGUCGAGAAACUCGGGAGAAAAAGUCCUGUGGAUGCAAGCCUGCCUUCCAAAAAUAGUAUUGCUGUCGUCAUGUAUACUAGUGGCAGUACAGGUCUACCAAAGGGAGUCAUGAUUACUCAUGGAAACAUUGUAGCCACUACUGCAGCUGUUAUGAAAGUAAUCCCAAUACUUGGUAGAAAUGAUGUAUACUUGGCAUACUUGCCCCUAGCUCACGUUUUUGAACUGGCAGCUGAGUCUGUAAUGUUGGCCACAGGUUGUGCAAUGGGUUAUGGUUCAGCCGCGACUUUGACAGACACUUCUAAUAAAAUUAAGAAAGGAACCAAGGGAGAUGCUUCUGUGUUAAAGCCAACCGUCAUGACAGCAGUUCCAGCUAUUUUAGAUCGAAUUCGAGAUGGAGUUCUGAAAAAGGUUGGAGAGAAUGAAGGGUUAGGGAAACAUCUAUUUAACAUUGGAUAUAAGCGACGACUAGCUGCCAUAGAAGGAAGCUGGCUUGGGGCUUGGGGGCUGGAGGGACUCUUGUGGGAUAUCAUUGUCUUUAAAAGAAUACGCACUAUACUUGGAGGAAAAAUCCGAUUUGUGCUGUGUGGUGGAGCUCCUUUAUCUGGGGAUUCGCAGCGGUUUAUCAACAUCUGCAUGGGGGCUCCUAUUGGUCAAGCAUAUGGCUUGACUGAAACAUUUGCUGGAGCUUCUUUUUCUGACUGGGAUGACUUAACAGUGGGACGUGUUGGGCCACCUCUUCCUUGCUGCUACGUUAAACUUGUUUCCUGGGAAGAAGGUGGGUAUAUGACCACGGACAAACCAAUGCCUCGAGGAGAGAUUGUAGUAGGGGGGUUCAGUGUAACUGCCGGAUACUUUAAAAACCAAGAAAAAACUAAUGAGGUCUACAAGGUUGAUGAUAAGGGCAUGCGCUGGUUUUAUACUGGUGACGUUGGACAAUUUCACCCUGAUGGAUGCCUUGAAAUUAUUGAUAGGAAGAAGGAUAUUGUGAAACUUCAACAUGGAGAAUAUAUCUCCCUUGGCAAGGUUGAGGCAGCUCUUACGUCAUGUAGUUAUGUGGAUAAUAUCAUGUUAUAUGCAGAUUCCUUCCAGAACUAUUGUGUAGCACUGGUUGUUCCUUCACGUCAGGUCCUUGAAAAGUGGGCCCAACAAGCUGGCAUCAACUACAAAGAUUUUUCUGAGCUGUGUGAUAAAGCUGAAAUUGCCAGCGAGGUUCAGCAAUCCCUUUCGAAGGUAGGAAAAACUGCAAAAUUGGAUAAGUUUGAAAUUCCUCCAAAGAUUAAAUUGCUGCCCGAACCAUGGACCCCCGAGUCUGGAUUAGUUACUGCUGCUUUCAAAAUCAAGAGGGAACAACUGAAGGCCAAGUUUAAGGACGAGCUUAAAAAAUUGUACGAGUGAUAUGUGUAUUGGUUUAUGUUUUCAUCCGAGUUUUUCCCCGAAUGCAGUCAUUUCUAUACCUUAUUUUCGAAAUUUCCAGUGUUGAUGAUAUACUCUUAACAAGUUAUUAUUAUCAUGGUUUCAGACUUUUGAGUUA